UGUUAGCGCCGCGAAGCAACUGUGGCUAUGAGCGACGUACAGAUGUGGACAGACUUAGAGAGGACAGCAGGAAGGAGUGGGGGACAGGGGGAUUAGUAUGCGUCCUGGGCCGACUUCAGGGGGAACUGUGCCGACAUUCGUCUGGAAAGUCUUCGGAAAACCCAGGGAAAACCUCAGACAGCACAGCCGGCGGUAGGAUUCGAACCCACCACCUUCCAGUCUACAGCACGACCUUGGUUACCACCAACGAGCGGACGCCUUAGCCCACUCGGCCAUGCCGCUGGUCACCGCGAAUCUUUCGUUACCCUUCGCGUGUAUUCGCACGAGCGACAGAAGCGGAAGAUGCGAAAAGCGUCAUAGCUUUCUGCUGUCACGUACACUGCUAACCGUGGGGAAUAUCCUGCUAUACACAGCCACAAGAUAUUCCGUAGCAGACGACAGGAAAACACGCUGACGGUGUCGUCUGCUAAGUGUCGUCUGCUUAAAUGCGCAGUACGUCACGCCCGAUAUUGCGCACCGUGUGAAUGCUCAACAUAACACGGGACGGAACAUUUGGCUCUAUGCGGCCAAACCAGCACUCCUGAAGCCUUUACCUUCACCAAACCUUAAUCAUGGAACAUUCAGUCCUCGCCAUCAUCUUCACCUGCGUGCUCUCGGCCUCCGCGAUAGACCCUUUCAAAAAGGGGUCUAAGCAGGACAGCCUGGUUGAGUCCAGCAACCUGUUUGGACUCCAGGUUCUGCAGUUAUUCAGCGAGAAGAACGUCGUCUUUUCUCCGCUGAGUCUGUCCGCCGUUCUCUCCAUGGUCUACAUGGGGGCAAAAGGUGCAACGGCGCACCAGAUGGCGCAGCACUUGAACUACGCGCGUCAUGAUCUGUCCGCUCGCGACGUCCUCACGGCUUACUCGGACCUACUCUUGGAACUUUCGCCGCCAUCUUCGUUUCUGAGGAGCCGCCCUUACGUCAUCGACUCCGCGAGCGCCGUGCUAGUGUCCCACGACUUCGCGCUGAACGAGACCUACAGGAAGAACAUGAGGCGGGCGUUUAACGCCGCGGUAGAAGCCGUCGACUUCCAGAAAGACUCGUCAAAGACUGUGGAGCUGGUCAACGACUGGGCCAAGGAAAAAACGAAGGGCAAGAUCGAGAAGGUCUUGGAAUACCUUCCGGCGCAGACGAAACUGUUUCUGCUGAACGCCCUGUACUUCAAGGGUCUCUGGAAAGUGCCGUUCGACCCCGAUGUGACGUCGAUGAGGACGUUUCAAAACGCGGACGGCUCGAAGAGUCUCGUACCUACCAUGUUCGCGGCGGAGGAUUUCAACUACGCUUACGAUCCCGACAUGAAGGCAGGCGUCAUCGAGCUACCGUACCUCGGCAAAGGUGGUGUCAGCCUGUUCGUGUUCCUGCCGGAGAACAUCCGAAGCUUCGGACAAUUGAUUCAAUCCAUGACGGCCGAGAGGGUACGGCAGGUGAUCGCUUCGAUGCGCGAACAAAGGAUCGAAGUGUUCAUGCCCAAGUUGAGGCUGGAGAACCGUCUGCAAAUGAAAGAACCCUUGGACACCCUGGGGAUGACGGUCAUGUUUAGCGACGCCGCCGAUCUUUCGGGGAUGGGCAGUGGGGACCUGAAGGUGGACGAGGUCGUGCACCAGGCCGUGCUGGAGUUGGACGAGAAAGGAGCUCGCGCGGCGGCGGUCAGCGGCGUCGCCAUCGCGGCCAAGUCGCUGAGGUCCGGAAAAGAGUUCCGGGUGAACCGUCCGUUUGUGUUUUUCAUCGGACAUCGUGACACGGGCGCUGUUUUGUUUCUGGGCCAAGUAAUGUCAGUAAAGGGGGUGUAGUGUGAAUGAAUGUGAAUCGUGUAUAUAGAUAAAAAAAAAGUGUUGUGACAAUU